AUGCGUCAAACAGGUGCUUCUCCUUUUUCUUUUCAUCGCUUUGUCGAUAGAGGAACCAAUGAUAUUGGGAGCCUUGUUACUGAUCUGGGGGACCUACAAGAGCCACCAGAAGAAGAGAUUGUAUUUGAGCCUGAAACGCCUCAAGUAGCCAAAGUCACUCAAUCUGGGCAAACGUAUGCGCAAGUUGCAAUGUCAGGGCUGAACCUUUCUCAAGUUCCAAAGAAACCAAGAGAAUGGCCUUCAAGCAGGAGUGGCAGUUCUGCCAAUAAGAACAAGAAUCAAAUUGGGAACGAGAUAAAAGCUGAUUAUGAAGAGCACAAUGCUAUUCUGAUCGCUUGUUGCAUGAUGAAGAUCAAGGCCAAGUUUGAUACUGAAGAAGGUCUGAAGUUCAUCCAACAGUACUACAUCAAUCAAGGACUGAAGAAGUUUGGUGAUGAUGGAAAGGAUGCUGUGGAUAAGGAAUUGAGACAAAUGCUUCUGAGAGAUUGUUUCACUCCCAAAUUUGUUAGAGACAUGACCACGUCUGAGCGAAAGAAAACCCGAUCAGCGAUGAUGUUACUAGUGGAGAAGCAAUUUGAAAAGACAAUUAAAGGUUCCCUCAUAUACCAAGGCAAUGGAACUCAUGAAUGGUUAUUGCGAGAGGACACUGCAAGUCCAACUGCUUUGCAAGAAGCAAUCACCACUACUUGUGUUAUUGAUGCACACAAAGGUAGAGAUGUAAUGGAUGUGCCUAACGCUUUCAUUCAAACUUAUAUGUCUGAAGCUAAGGAGGGAGAAGAUUGUAUCUACAUGAAAAUCACUGGCAUGAUGGUCCAGAUAUUGAUUGACAUGGCCCCAGAGUAUUGCAAAUACGUUGUAUUAGAGAACGGAAAGCGAGUAAUCUAUGUGCGGCAAACUAUCAGAUUUCAUGUUGACAAUCUUAUGUCAAGUCACAUGGACCCAAAAGUAAAUGACAAAUUUGCUAAGUGGUUGAACAUGAGAUAUGGUUCGAUUAAGGCAUGCACAAUCGUCAGAGGAAAGAUACACAGAUAUCUUGGAAUGACUUUGGAUUCCUUGGUGAAAGGAAAACUCAAGAUCCGCAUGGACGACUAUGUCAAGAGCAUGUUGGAAGAUUACUGGAGGCUGGGAAAGGAAAGUUACUCAAUGCUGAGUACUCCGUUCUCCGAUCCACAAGAGCCGGGUCCUCCUCCACUCUACGGGCCCUCAUCUACCAGCCAAACCACCUGCCCCCCAACUUCCUUCCUUGACCUCUGGCAUCACUUCGGCAGUUGGGCUGUAUCAGGUUCUCACAACUGGGAUCCAGAGGUCAUUACCAUUGAAGGGAGUGAGGACCGCCUGGCUCAGGCUCUUCUUGCCGGUACCCUUUGUGCCGUGAGCGACGGCUCUUACAAAGCUAAAGUGGGCACAGCAUGCGCUCAAAUUCUCACUGAGGAUUGCAGGGAUAUCAUCUGGAUCACCUGCCAAACCCCUCGGAAAUUUGAGGAUCAGAGUUCAAGGCGCAGCAAAUUGAUUGGCCUUAUGGCUUCUCUCCUGGUGUUGGACUGGAUAUCUCAGGUCGCCCACCUGAGACUCUUUGCCAGCCAACCGUCGGUUGAGAUGGCCUGCGACGGGCUCAUAGCUCUUGAUAAGGCAAGUCCUUCUCCAAUGUCCACCUGUCAUCGUCUGGUGCUCAGUUUGAUCUGGCCUCCACCAUCUGGGCCUUGCUUUGCCAUCUUCCCCUCCAAGUUCAUCGGCGCCAUGUUAAAGGCCACCUGGACAAGCAACGGUCUUUCUCCCAACUGGACUGGUGGGAGCAGCGCAAUGUGGAAGUGGACUUCAAAGCACAGUCCUAUCGCUGCCUGCUAG